UUUGAUGAAUCUCCUAAAGAAAUACAGUUAAUAAGUUCAGAUGAUGAAUCGCAUGCUAUUAAACAAGUUAAUAGUUUGGAAAAAGUACAAAUGAGAAAGCAGCUUGGCCUUUUAGAGGAGUUGCAAUAUUUAGGAAUCAUAUGUGGUUCUGGUAUUUUCAUUUCACAAGGCAUCAUUACAGAAGUAGGAAGCGUCGGAGUAUCUUUAGUUGUAUGGGUUCUGUGUGGUUUACUUUCUAUGGUUGGAGCAUUAUGUUAUGCUGAGUUAGGAACUUGUAUACCUCGGAGUGGUGGAGAUUAUGCUUAUAUUUAUGAAGCUUUUGGAGCAUUGCCUGCUUUUCUCUAUUUAUGGGCUGCUAACUUAAUAUUUAUACCAACUACAAAUGCCAUCAUGGGUUUAACUUUUGCUCAAUAUGUUUUACAACCAUUCUUUUCAAACUGCAAUCCAGUUGAUGGUAUACGCUUACUAGCAGCAGUAACUAUUUGUCUACUUACAUUUGCGAACUGUUAUGAUGUCAAAGAAACAUCAAAAAUGCAAAAUGUAUUUAUGUUUGCUAAAAUUGGUGCAUUAGUAAUUAUAAUUAUUGCUGGACGUUGGAUAAUGCUAGGACAUACGGAAAAUUUUGAAAAUGCUUUUGAAAAUACAAUUACGGAACCGGGUAAAAUUGCAGUGGCCUUUUACUCUGGUAUAUUCUCAUACUCUGGGUGGAAUUACCUAAAUUUUAUGACCGAAGAAUUAAAAGAUCCUUACGUGAAUUUACCGCGAGCUAUUUAUAUAUCAUUACCUUUAGUUACUUUUAUCUAUGUGUUGGCAAAUGUAGCUUAUUUGUCAGUUUUAACACCAACCGAAAUGACUUCUCAUGCGAUUGCUGUGACGUUUGGUGACCAACUUCUUGGCAUAAUGGCAUGGACGAUUCCUGUUAUGGUCGCUGUAUCUGCAUUUGGAGGAUUAAGUGUUCACAUUAUGACAUCAUCUCGGAUGUGUUUUGUAGGUGCUAGAAAUGGUCAUUUUCCUUCAAUGUUAAGUCAUAUUAAUGUUUCAAGACUUACACCUACACCUGCCUUAGUUUUUCUUUGUUUUUUGUCUUUAAUAAUGUUAUGUACAAGUGAUAUUUUUGUAUUAAUCACAUACUGCAGCAUAGUUGAAUCGUUUUUCAUCAUGUUAUCGGUAGCCGGUGUAUUAUGGCUUCGUUACAAAAAACCUAAUAUGAAUCGACCAAUUAAGAUGCCUUUGUGGAUUCCUGUUACAUUUGUUGCCAUAUGUGGAUUUUUAGUAUUUGUUCCUUGCUACGAACGACCGUAUGAAGUUGGUAUUGGGGCUUUAAUAACUUUAUCUGGCGUUCCAGCUUAUUUUGUUGGUGUCGAAUAAAACAAACCUUUAUGGUUUCAACAGCUUAAUCUUCAAAUUACUUACACCGUACAAAAGUUAUUUAUGUCUGCCACUGAGGAACGUGAUUAUUAAAUUUAAGUAUUAUAAAUUUUUAAAUAAUUCAAAUUGCAUAAAAUUUCCGUCUUCUACUGCGAUUCUAAUGAAAUAUUUAUAGUAACCUGUGUGUUGCUAACAAUUACCACAGAACUGUGUUCUUUGUAAACGAAAGUUUACAAUAUACAUACAUAUAAGUACAA